AUGCAAGUCCGGGACGUUGAGACUGUGAGCAGGAUUGGCCUUCACUCGCAUGUUUGUGGCCUUGGGCUCAACGGGGAGGAGAUUGAGUACGAUAAGGAUGGGCUUGUUGGGCAGAUGAAGGCCAGGAAAGCCAUGAUGCUUAUAAAGAAGAUGGUAGAGAGCAACAAAGGAGGAAAGAUUGUUCUUAUCAAGGGCGAGCGCGGGAGUGGAAAGACUGCAUUGGCCAUAGGGCUAUCCAAGAGCCUGGGAGGAGUGCACUUCAACUCCAUUAGCGGGACUGAGAUCUACAGCCUGGAGAUGAGCAAGUCUGAGGCGAUUACCCAAGCUCUUCGGAAGUCUGUUGGGCUUCGGAUCAAGGAGUCUGUGAAGGUGAUUGAGGGAGAGGUUGUGAGCCUGAACGGGAGAAGAAUUGUUCUCAAGACUGUUGACAUGGAGUCGUCGUUUGACAUAGGGGAAAAGAUGAGAAAUGAGCUUGACAGGGAGAAGGUAAGCAGUGGAGACAUCAUAAGAAUAGUCAAAGAAAGAGGCAAGGUGUACAAGAUUGGAACAAGCAUGGUGAAGAAGACCGAGGUUGUGGGGACUGACACACGGUUUGUCCCCUGCCCCGAGGGAGAGCUGAUAAAGAUUGUGGAGGAGGUUCAAGAGAUAUCUCUCCAUGACAUCGAUGUUGUUAAUAACAAAGCUGAGGGAUAUCUUGCGCUUUUCAGCGGGGAGACGGGGGAGAUAAGAGCAGAGACAAGGGAUGAGGUGAACAAGAAGAUAUGGAACUGGAUUAAUGAGGGAAAGGCAGAGGUGGUUCGCGGUGUGCUAUUUAUUGACGAGGUUCACAUGCUGGACAUCGAGAGCUUUGCAUUUUUGAACAAGGCGAUUGAGGAGGACUUCUGCCCUGUGAUUCUUAUUUCGACCAAUAAGAAGGAAUGUGUUGUGAGAGGAACAGAUGAAACAGGCCUUUAUGGAAUGCCGAGGGACUUUAUUGACCGUACUCUUAUCAUCUCUAUGGAAAAGUACUGUAGAGAAGACCUUGAGGCUAUAAUCAAGCACAGAAUACUUGAGGAGGACAUUCUUAUUGAUUCCGAGGCCAUGGAUAGGCUUGUAUCAAUCUCCGAGACGUCCGGGUUGAGAUACUCCAUGAACCUGCUGACGAUAUCUAGUCUGAGGGCAAGCAGGAGAGGCGGAAAGGUCACCAUUGAGGAUAUCCAAAGGGUCUUUGAGCUAUUUCUUGAUGAGGCCCGUGGAGUCGAAAAUCUUGAGGUUGAAUAA